AUAGACCCUUUCAGUUAUUCGCUUUUACUAGUGUUAGAGUUGUGUCCCUUAGCCGGAUGUGACGUCAACGGGGGAUAGAAAUUCGCCAGAGAAAAUAAAAUUUUACUGUGUCGCUGAAGAAAUCAACGUCUUUAGCACAAUAUAUGCGAAUCAUCCCAAAUGCUAUGUUCAGAAACAGUGAAGUACCAUGGCUGAACCAGAUCCUGUAACAGAAAAGAAAGUACAACAGUACACGACUCUGUAUGCCAAGGAUGUCCCUGGCGCUGUUUUACCGCAACUUCAACCAGAAAGAUGCAAAGUUACAGAGUUGCGAAUAUGGUUGAAAUGCCGGGGACAAGCUGUGAAAUCGAAUGAGACAAAAGCCGAACUUUGCUUGAGGGUAAAGAAAUUCAGUGACAACCAGGAUAACAUCCUAAUUGUGGAUCCUUAUCCAGACCAGCCAUUUGCAGCUAAGCAGAAGUCGUCCUGUAUGAACUGUCAAGGACAAUCAACAGUGUCAACAGCGGAAGAACAUCUUAAUUUGGAAGAAUGCACAUGGACCCAAAGCACCAGACUGAUCUUCAAAGACUUUUCGUACAUGAACAUUCUGGAAUGGACCAAAAGUUCUGGUAAAGGUUCAAAACUGGGUGUUGAAAAGCCUAUUCAACGAGGCUAUGUGUUUUUUCAUGACGGUUAUGUAUUCGACACAUGGUCAUCUGAACGUAACAGUUCAACAAUUGUUAGAUGCAAGUGUUUCCGCUCCAUGAAAAACCGGUAAUCAGAAAUAAAGAGU